AGGCUAAAGCCUAAACUUCUGACAUGGCCACAGCCUCACCAAGAUCUGAUACAAGUAACAACCAUAAUGGAAGAUUACAGAUGCAAGUAACAGUUUCUAGUGCCAAACUGAAACGGAAAAAGAAUUGGUUUGGAACAACUUUCUACACUGAAUUAACUGCAGAUGGAGAAAUUAAGAAAACGGCAAAAUCAAGUAGUUCUUCAAAUCCAAAAUGGGAUGAGCAGCUGACAGUGAACGUGACUCCACAGACUACGCUGGAAUUUAGAGUGUGGAGCCAUCACACUUUAAAAGCAGAUGCUUUAUUAGGAAGAGCCACUGUAGACUUGAGACAAGCUUUGGAAAUACACAAUAGAAAAUUGGAGAAGGUGAAAGAACAGUUGAAACUCUCUUUAGAAAACAAGAGUGGCAUGGUGCAAACAGGUGAACUGACAGUUGUGCUAGAUGGUUUGGUUGUUGAACAAGAGUCUCUUACAAAUCUCAGUUCAUCAGCAACCAUAGAAGUUCAGCAAAAUGGCGAGGCUGUGCAUGAAAGCAGAGAUGCUUCAGCAAGAAGUACAUCCAGAUCUGCUUGUGACAUUUCUAAUGGGAUAGACAAUCAAGUACCUUCCAACUCUGUAGUACAGAAUACAUUCUGUAUAGAAGCUGUUAAUGGAGACAGCGCACCAUCUCCUACUCAUGUUGCAGCCAGACCCAAAAAUACACCAGUACCAAAACCACUUGCAACUCCGCCUGUCAGCAGCACUGUUAAUGGCGAGUCAUCUGCCUCUGCAGCAGAAGCCGGUAAUUCUUCUGUCUCUGAGGCUCCGGUAGGUUCAGUCGAAGCUCCUGUGUCUUCAGAUUGCACUAACACUACAGCAGAACCUCAGUCAGCAACUGAAGCAACUAGUUGUUCUGAAAUCCACACUUCUGCAUUACCUGCUGUGUCUGCUGGACUAGAACCUACAGCUGCAACAGACUGUGCUCAACCUAAUGCUAGAAACAGUAUAGGAGCAGAUGCAGCAAAACCAAGGGAGUCCUCCUCCACCUCAAGUGCAUCUGCAGAACCUGUAAGACAGCAGCCUGGUAAUGCCAGUACAGAACCUUUGCCACCAGGGUGGGAGCAAAGAAAGGAUCCUCAUGGUAGAACCUAUUAUGUUGAUCACAACACACGAACCACAACAUGGGAAAGACCCCAGCCCUUACCUCCAGGCUGGGAAAGGAGAGUUGAUGAUCGUGGGAGAGUUUACUAUGUGGACCACAACACCAGAACAACAACGUGGCAACGACCAACAAUGGAAUCGGUCAGAAACUUUGAGCAGUGGCAGUCUCAACGGAAUCAACUGCAGGGAGCUAUGCAACAAUUUAACCAGCGAUACCUCUAUUCGGCCUCGAUGUUAUCAGCAGAAAAUGAUCCACUUGGGCCUUUACCACCAGGUUGGGAAAGGAGAGUGGAUUCAAAUGAUAGGGUGUAUUUUGUAAAUCAUAACACAAAGACAACACAGUGGGAAGACCCUCGAACUCAAGGUUUACAAAAUGAGGACCCUCUUCCAGAGGGCUGGGAAAUCAGAUAUACCAGAGAAGGUGUCAGAUACUUUGUUGACCAUAAUACAAGAACCACCACCUUCAAUGAUCCUCGUACUGGGAAGUCGUCUGUAAAUAAAGGGCCACAGAUUGCUUAUGAGCGUAGCUUUAGGUGGAAACUUGCUCAUUUCCGUUACUUGUGUCAGUCUAAUGCACUGCCAAGUCAUGUGAAAAUCAAUGUAUCCAGACAAACUUUGUUUGAGGAUUCCUUCCAGCAAAUUAUGGCGUUAAAACCCUAUGAUUUGAGGAGAAGAUUAUAUGUUAUAUUCAGAGGAGAAGAAGGAUUGGAUUAUGGUGGCUUGGCAAGAGAAUGGUUUUUCUUGCUUUCCCAUGAAGUACUGAACCCUAUGUACUGCCUAUUUGAAUAUGCUGGCAAGAGCAACUAUUGCCUGCAGAUAAAUCCAGCAUCAACAAUCAAUCCUGACCAUCUUUCAUAUUUCUGUUUCAUUGGGCGCUUUAUUGCCAUGGCAUUGUUUCAUGGGAAAUUUAUUGAUACUGGUUUUUCUCUGCCUUUCUACAAACGAAUGCUGAGCAAAAAGCUUACCAUUAAGGACCUAGAAUCUAUUGAUACUGAAUUUUACAACUCCCUAAUUUGGAUAAGGGAUAACAACAUCGAAGAGUGUAACUUGGAAAUGUACUUUUGUGUGGAUAUGGAGCUCUUAGGAAAAGUAACCUCACAUGAGCUGAAAUCAGGAGGUUCAAAUAUCUUGGUAACUGAGGAGAACAAAGAAGAAUAUAUUGGGCUAAUGGCCGAGUGGCGAUUUUCUCGGGGAGUUAGAGAACAAACCAAAGCUUUUCUUGAUGGUUUUAAUGAAGUUGUUCCACUACAGUGGCUACACUAUUUUGAUGAAAAGGAGCUAGAGGUUAUGCUCUGUGGUAUGCAAGAAGUUGAUUUAGCAGACUGGCAGAGGAACACUGUUUAUCGUCAUUAUACCAGGAAUAGCAAGCAGAUCAUAUGGUUCUGGCAGUUUGUAAAAGAAACAGACAAUGAGGUUCGCAUGCGACUUCUGCAGUUUGUCACUGGCACUUGCAGAUUACCACUAGGUGGAUUUGCUGAACUUAUGGGAAGUAAUGGUCCUCAGAAAUUCUGCAUUGAAAAAGUUGGUAAGGAAACGUGGUUACCAAGAAGUCACACUUGUUUUAAUCGUUUGGAUUUGCCACCGUAUAAAAGCUAUGAACAACUAAAAGAGAAGCUGCUCUUUGCCAUUGAAGAAACAGAGGGAUUUGGUCAAGAGUAGAAGUGGCUUCUAGUCAAAAAGGAGAUCUUGCGUAAUGAAAGGCCCAGCCAACUAAAAUUGCACACUUAAUUGUAUAUAAGCUUUUUGUUCUGUACAGUGAUCUUUCUGGAACUCUAAAUUGUUCUCCGUUCUUCCACAAAGAUAUGCAAAACAGUUCAGCCUUUUCUACUUUUAUUUAUUGCCCUUCCAAAAGACCAGAAAAAAACCCUCAUAAAUUUUGAAAGCAGACAAGAGACUUAUUUAAAAUAUAUAUAAAAAAUAUAAAUAUAUAUACUAAUAGGCUCUAGUUUUUUAGAGCUUUAAGUGUAUGAAAAGUUGCAGCCAUUUAAAAGGGCCUGGAUUUGCUUUAUCUUGGCUUUAUUAUUCAGAAAAAUGUUUAAACUGCUCUGUGUUCUUUCUUAAGAAACAUCUCCAAGUUUGUUUUAUUGCAUGGCUGUUCUAAAAGGUGUUAAAGGCUUAGGCCAAACGUAUCCUAAAUAUGUAGAAAGAUGCUGCUGGUAUUUGAGACAACAGAAUACGUUGUUCUGUCAGUUUAAUUUUUUUAAAUACGUAAAUAGCUGAUAUAUCCCUCUCUACUGAUGUAGCCAAGGUCAUGCAUAAAGCCUUUACUACUUGCACAAGAGUCAUGUACAAUAAGAUGAAUGUGAUUUAAUGUUGAAAGAAAUUGGUGCCACUGUUCUGACUUAUUGUAGGAGCUGAACAGAAUAUUUUAAUUCAUUUGAGCAGCAUUGAAAUUUGUUUACAUAUUACCUUGGGUUAUUACCACGAGGAUGUUAGGUAAUCUGAAAAGAAAAAAUAAUAAAAGACAAACUAU